AUGACAGAAUCUUGCAAAUCGCAGAAUGAAAUUGCGAUUGAAGCAAUCAAUAAUGCUUUGCAAGCUCUGAAAAAGCAGCGCCAUUUGCUUGAAGAAGCUGUUCAUGCACUUUCGAGACCUAUCGUUUCUCAGGAUUUUGAGUGGAAAGAGAAUGAAGAGAAUUUGGAAAUGGAACUUCAGCAAUGCUAUAAAGCUCAAUCUUUGUUGUAUGAGCAAUUAGUUAAGGAACUAUCUGAGUCCAGAGUUUCAAAAGCUUUGCUUCAAGAGAAAGAAAAUGCAAUUUCUGACAUGCAGAAGGAGUUGAUAGAAUUAAGGGAACAAAAGAUUAAAGAAGUAGAAUUAGUUGUGAGCAAGAACUCAGAACUAAAAGCACAACUGAAGCAGAUGACUACUAAAGCCAAUGAAGCUGAAGCUGGAAUUAAGUUGGUGAUUAACAGCUUCGUGUUAGAAAAAAUGAAGGAUGCUGACCGGAUUAAUGAGCUCAAUCCUAUUCUUCAUGCUCGCACAAAGAAUAUGGAUAUUGAUCUAUUUUUUGUAAGAGAAAAGGUGCUAGCUGAACAACUUAUUGUGAAGCACAUUCCUGCUGAUGACCAAUGGGCAGAUAUUCUUACCAAGUCUAUUUCCAGUGCCAAGUUUCUUUCCUUACUAGUAGUGGAAUGCAACAUAAUUGGUUUUGAGUGGAAAGAGAAAGCAGAGAAUUUGGAAGUGGAACUUCAGCAAUGCUAUAAAGCUCAAUCUCAGUUGUCUGAGCAAUUUGCUAUAGAACUUCAGCAAUGCUAUAAAGCUCAAUCUCAGAUGACUGACCACUUAGCUAUGGAACUAUCCGAGUCCAGAGCUUCAAAAGCUUUGCUUCAAGAGAAAGAAAAUGCAAUUGCUGAUAUGCAGGAGUUGACAGAGUUAAGGGAGCAAAAUAUUAAAGAAGUAGAAUUAGUUGUGAGAGAGAAUUCAGAACUAAAAGCACAACUGGAGCAGAUGACUGCUAAAGCCAAUGAAGCUGAAAUUGGAAAUAAGUUGCUGAAUAAGCAAAUGCACUUUAUGAAGACUGUGAUGUUCAAGACUAGUGAUCUUGAACAACUUGCAAGGCAACAGGACAUAGCAGUAGGUUCCAUAUUGGAAGAAAACCAUAGGAGGAGGGAAGAGGAGGGCGGGAAGAAGAGAACAAUGCCCUUGAGGGAAGUGGGGGGUGCUCAAACUUACGCCCAGACAGGCCAAGUUAAGAACCACACUGACCCACGUGACCCUUAG